CUUAACGCCGCAUAAUUCAACCAGCUCUCAUUUUUGGUGUUUUAGUUUAAAUACUUUCCAACUGUUAUUUUUGAUGUACUAAUCAACAGCUCAAAUGUUCAAGAAGUUGCCUCUUAAUUGAAAUGAGUGUAUUUGAACGUCUUCAACAAAGAUUGGCCAAGUGUUCCACAUCUUCUCGCGGUCAAGAAACUGCACAGAUUUAUCAUAAAAAUAAGUCAACUUCAGAACAAGCUAUUUUUUUGGAUGGUGUAGUUACAACAACUGAUGAUCGUUCAACAACAAAUACCCUUCCAUUAUGCCAUAAUCAUUCACAAACUUGGAGUGUUGAAUCUCGUAUGGCUUCCAUGAUAGCUAAUAGCUAUUCAAACCCAUCUCUGCACACAGUUGGAACAGUUAAUUCCAAAGGUGAGGCAACUCCGGAUACGGAAAUUGAUGUGCCAAAGUCAAAUUUGAGUCACAGUCAAGAUCAUUUGAAUACACCCAGUAAUAGUUCAUAUCAACGUCAACCACAACAACCUAGAAGAAAACGAGCAAAAACCCCGGUUAGUUCUUUCUAUCGUGUUAGCAGUGAUGAUGAUUGUGAUACAUGCGAUGAAGAUGAAGAAGACGAUGUUGACAAUAAUAAUAAUAAUGAAGAAUACCUGGAUCAGUGUGAUGAUUUAAUUAUCAAACAAUCUGCUGCAUUUGAACGUAGAUCACAACGUCUACGUCGUAGUAUUGAUCGGGCUAAAGCAGCUUUACCUGCUGAUUUUGCUGAUCGUAUUGAGAUCUCAGAUUCACUUGGUGAUUUACCUAAUCAAGAAUCGUCCAGUGGGGCACAACUUCAAAAACAUCAUCGGAGUGUUAGCAAUCUUGGUGUAGAUUUAACUGAUCAAUUAAGCAAUCGUGAUUCAGAUUCUGAAGAAAAUGUAAAUAAUAGUAAUAAUGUAAACGGACACUAUGAGUCUCAAGAAACCUCAAACUCAAAUGAAAAUCGUACGAAAUCAAUUAUAAAAGAAGAUAAAUAUUCAGAAGUUAGUGAUGCAUUCAAAAUGAAAUCAACUGAUUUGGUAAUACCAAAUGAGUGGAUGUACUUGGAUCCCAGUGUUGAUGUUCACAAUAUGUAUGGCUACAAAUCUACGAAUAUUCGUGUAUUUAUAAAGUUAUGUUUGCAAAUAAACUAUUGAUAGCUACGUUAGCCACUCAUUGAGUAGAACCAAUAUCAUAUUGUAUAGUCCAUCUCAUGAUUUUUGAUUAAGGUGGAUUGAUGUACACAAUGGGAAACUAUGGAUCUAAGUUUCAUACUAGUUAGUGCUUACCAACAGUAAGUAUUUUCAAUAUUGAGGAAACUGAUGCCUCCUAUGUAGUUUGAUGUUCAGAGCUUUCUUGUCAUUUGUCUCCAACUAGUCUGGCACAUCAAGUCUUGAUAAUUACAUAAAAAGCAGGUUUAAAGAUGACUGAUGGAUCUCUGCUUGCAACUAUUAUUGUUCAUGAAAUGUGAAUGCGAAUUUAUUCACUUAAUAUUGACAGUAUGAAAGUAAACUGAUCUUUUGACUACUUUCUAAUAAAACUUUAUUCAAUAGUAUUUUUUUCGAUUAAUUUCACUGCUUACAUGAUCUGAUUUUAUUAAAGUCUGAUUUCACGAAAGGACAGAACUUAUAAAACUUCUGAAAACUGAACGGUAUUCUAUGGUUAUUCUUCACUAGUUGAGGAUUUCUCAGGCAUAUGUAUACGUUAGACUUAACUUGCUCUGGACUUAUAGCCUUACAAUUAUGUGAAUUAAAGCUCAACCUUCGCUUUAUCUAUAUUAUAAUGACACUAUGAUCCAAUGAAAAUAAUGAUUACUUGACUGAAUUCUUAAUUUACUUAAAUUAUAAGUCUCAGUUACUCAUUAAAAUGUCUAAUUG